AUGUCGCUCGUCAACCUCUCGCACGUCUGCUCGCACCUCCAAAAUGCCUCCCUCGCUCGCCUCGGCCUGACGUCAAUCCCCUACACCAGACUGCACCUCUCCCUCGCCCUACUCCUCCACAAACAAGGCUUCAUCUCUCACGUCAAGCUUGGAGGCGCAGCACCGCCCGCAUCCGCCUUUCCCGCAUCGAUACCAGAUAAUCACCGUAUAACGAGCGCGCCACAUCGGGAUCGGGAUCCGUAUUCACACGAAGCGGCGUUGCAUGAGAUGGUGCAUUCGCGGAAAUCAGCCGAGGAUUUGCAGCGGGAGGGGUUCGGACGGGACUCUAUUGACUUUGCUGUCGAGCAUAGUCUGCUCACCGCCGAGCAACUAGCCCGGGACGGCUGGGAUACACACGCCAUCAACUUCAUCCUCGAGCACGGCAGCAAAUCCACGGAUCAACUAACCUCCGAAGGCUUCGACACCGUGGCCCAGACAAUCCUCCACACCCACAACAUUCCCACCGCCAUGCUCUCCGUCCGCGCCCAACUGGCCCGCGAAAGCAUCGCGGAAGAAAGCCUAACCCCCGUGCAGAUCGAACAACGCCUCCGCCUGCACCUCCGCAAAACUGGAUUCCCAAGAGAAGUCCUAGCCUACUUCGCCGGCCCAGCCCAACACACCACCCCGCGACAUCUGGAACAAGACGGCAUAACCCUGCAAACAAUGGGCCUCACCAUCCCCUCCCAGCCCAUCACCACCCUCCCGCCGGCCUACCGGGACCCCGAAGCCUACGAAAGCGAACACGAUAUCACGCGCGCGAACCGGGCCUCGAGACGGUUAUGGUUGGGAUUGAAGUACUGGGAUGGCAUGCCCGUGUUGAGUAAAGCGAGGAUGGUGUCGAAGCCGACGAAGAGGAUCUGGUUGGAUAGUGGGGAUUUGGGACGGGUGGUCAGGGGAGGUGCGGCGGGGGAGGUCAGGGGGCUGGGGAGGGUGGGGGAGGUAUUGGUUGUUAGUACGGAUCGAGGCGUGUUGGAUGCUAGGGAGUGUGUUGAGAGGAGGGUGGGGGGGAUGGCGUUGUGUCGGAUUUGGUGA